AUGCAAGUGGCCAAGGGCUCAGACACCAUCAACUUGACUUUCCGAGGCGCCGCUUCCUCCGAGCUGCAUGCUUCGCACCACAUGUCUGGCAUGAGGGUCAGGAUGCUCCAGCGCACCUACCAGACAAUCGCGAAAGAAUUCAAACUCACACAGAAGAGCGGUUUCAGACAAAAGUUGGGUGGGGUGGAGGGCCCUAUCUACGUGUGCUACCCACCUCAUGGUCUGGCCCUCAGUGGAGGCCGCGCUAUUGUAGGAUUCUAUGAGGAAGGCCACGAAGAUGACGAUGAUUGA